AUGGGGGGUAAGAAUGGAGUGGGGAUUCUGGUUGAUAGCCAUCUUAGAGAGUCGGUGGUAGAGGUCAGACGGGUGAAUGAUAGACUAAUGACUAUUAAAUUGGUGGUGGGUGAGUGUACUUUAAAUAAUCUUAGUGUGUACGCGCCGCAAGUAGGCUUGGAUGAGGAGAUUAAAAGGCGCUUUUGGGAGGGGUUGGACGACAUCGUUUGUAGUAUUCCGCCUUCCGAGAGGUUAUUCAUAGGAGGAGAUUUUAAUGGUCAUAUUGGAUCGUCUGCAGGUGGUUAUACUGAGGUACAUGGCGGCUUUGGUUUCGGGGAGCAAAAUGGAGGGGGCACUUUGCUGUUGGACUUUGCCAAGGCAUUCGAUCUAGCGAUUGCGAACUCAAGUUUUCCAAAGCGGGAGGAGUAUUUGGUUACUUACCAAAACUCGGUAGCGAAGACUCAGAUUUGA